GUGCGAUCAGUAAAAACAAAUAAUUCAUAUCUUAGUGAUCACGGUGAAUUAGUGACAGAAACCAACAAUUGAGUUAUCUACUGGCGCUUUAAUUUGAUGAUCGUUCUAUAUUUUGAUUCUUCUGUCAGAAAAAUAAUGACAUUUUAAAGAAUUGAAACAUAAAUCAUGAGUGUGUCAACACAAAAACCACAGGCUGUCCUUAAAAUAUUAGAAGAUUUAGAUGGUAUUAAACAGUGGCGAAAGGAACAGUUUCAGUUAUUUCAAGAAAAGCAAAAAUUUCCAAAGCCGUGGGAGAAAUCAGCCAUGGUUCGUUCAGGAGAUUCACAGCCUAUGAGUCAACAUAAAGGAUACUUGGAUGCUACUGAGUUACAGUCUAUUGAAAAUUCAAAUACCACUGUCGAUUCUUCAGUUACUGGCCACAUAUUGCGUUGCUUUAAUGAUUCUACCGAAAAUAGUCCGGCUGUCUCCAAAACUAAUAUUGAGAAAUCAGUGAAAAAACCAAACCAUGAAGCUUCAAAAGCUAUUGAUCCAAACUGUGACCUCCCUUGUGUACCUUCUAAGAAACCAGUUCGACCAUUUUUAAGAAAAAAGUCUGGUUUGAAUAGAUAUUACAAACCUAAAUCUUCUAAACAAGUUAAAACAACUGAUAAUAACUCCUCUGAACAGCAGGAAACCCUAUUUGUACGGUCUAGCCAAAAUAGAAACGCAGAACAAUGUCUUUCUAACUUUAUGUCCUCUCAGAGAAACACCAAGGAACCUUCUCACAGAAAUUACGUCCACUUUAAAGAACAAGAAUCUACUACUUGGAACAAAAACACUCAUUCUGAUAUCAAUGAACCUGAGCGGUUCGGUGAAUGCCACACUAAUGUGGAUGAUCAAAUUAACUUAAAUAGGAUUGAGAGAGACAAAAUUCCUAGCAACUUUAAAAAGCCUGAUCAUGCAAUUUCAAAUAUAGGUGAUAAUUUAAACCCUGAUGUGCAGCAUGUUAAUAAGGUAAAGGAGCAAUCUUCCUUUCCAUUAAAAAGUGCUAGUGAGAUUCCAGGAAGAGAUGCAGAAAAUGCCGAAUUCAACCAUGUGGUUGACAGUAAUACUGGCUGUGAUGAUUUAAACCAGAGUCAAGAAAGCCUUGCUGAGUUUGAAACGUUAGAGAAACGUGUUCAGGAAAGUUCAUUUAAUAGUGAUUCUUCUCUUGUGCAGCGUGUUGUGAAAGGAGAGCGUCUUGUAUCCAAUAAACCUGACAACGCUGGAUUACAGCAGCAACAUUCAGAUACAAGUCCUUUUAAAUCACUAUUCAACAAUAUUAAUGUCUCAAAAUUUCGAGGUUUAGCUCUUGCAAGAAGAAAGCUAUCAGAAAGUAAGGGGAACAUCAAGGAGCAAAUGGAAAGUGGUGAUGCUGCAAGAAAGCAAGUGGAAAACAAUGAAGUUCAAGAAAAGAAAAAAGAAAAUAUUAAUGCUAUAAUAUCUGAUAAUAUACGAAGAAUAGAUAAUUUGCAAAAAGAAGUAACGUCUAAGCAUGAAGAUAUUUUAGAUAAUGAAAAUUUUGAUAAUGAAAGAUGUAGCACUCCAGUUAAUGUACCCCCAGAGUUAAGUUAUCCUUUAUGUGCAAACGUAAAUGUUGAUAACAAACAUGGGGAAAAUCAACAGGAUCUAAAACUUAAAACAAAAGAAGCUACUGAUCUGUUGAGAGACUCUUUCCAACUUGUUGAAAAAGAGGAUGCUUUAUGUGAUAAACAUAAUUCUGAUAACCUUCAACAAAAUGAAAUUAAAGAAAUAAUGAAACAAAAAAUUGUUCAGUUGGAGAAUGAGAUUGCGAUCUACAAGGAAUAUAAUGCUCAAUUAGAAAAAAGGUGUAAGGAAAGAGAUGAGGUUUCAAGAAAAUUGAAUAAAGAAUAUAAUGACAUAGAAAAGUAUAAAACUGAGCAGAUGAAAAAAGUUGAUGAAGAAGUUGAAAAAGCAAGGCAACAAAUGAAGAGAGAAAGGGAAAGUUUUCAACGAUUGAAAAAAUCACAGAAAGAAAAUUUCUCUCGUAAGGAGCGUGAAGAAUUGUCAGCUUUGCGGAAAGAAAAUGAGGAGCUACAGGAAGAGCUGAGAAGACAAAAAAUAAAAUUUACUAAAGAAAACAGGAGAUUGAAUAGUCAAUUAGUUGCAGCAGAAAAUGAGAGAGAAGAGUCAAAACUGAAAGUGAUUACUUUAGAAGAACAAGUUGAUGAAUUACUCAAAUCUUUAAGAGCUAGUCGCUAUCGAUUCAAGACACCUAAAUCAAAUAAGUCUGAUCAAUAUGAAGAAUCAAGGCAAAAAGAUGAUGAUUCAUCUACAGCUGAUAGCUUUAAUAGUAAUGAGAAAAAGGAUACAACAAAAAGGAAAGCUUCUUCGCUCAAAACAUCUCACUCUAACAAAUCUGUUAAAGUUAAUUCUUCAAAGCCAAAAGUUCAUUUUGACCUGCCUCCAGAAUUGGACACUUCUAAAAAUGAUGUCGCUAGUGAGGAAUCUAAAGAUGACCGUUCAAGUAGCGAACUUGAUCAUGAUCCAAAAAAUGAUGUUAAUUUUACCAAAAGUACGAAUAAGGAUGCUGAAAGCCAUGGCUCUCCUCUCUCAGAAGUCAGCAAUUCAAAAAUCCAACCUGAUAUAGUACAAAAACUUCUCCCUUCUGGUGACACAGAAAUAAUAUAUCCUAGUGGCACAAAGAAGACUAUCAGAGUUGAUGGAACUAUUUAUAUUGUAUAUCAUAAUGGGCAGACUAAAUAUAUAUAUCCUGAUAAACAUGAAAUUCAUCAAUUUGAAAAUGGUGUAGUAGAAGAAUCUUUUCCAGAUGGCUCCAGAGUGACUAAAUUUCCAAAUGGACAAGUUCAAUACUUGAUGCCUGAUGGAAUAAAGGAAAACAACUUUCCUGAUGGAGAUAGUCAAAUAAUUUAUCCUGAUGGAACUGAAGUCAUCAAAAGUGCUGAUGGAAUGCAGAGAAUGUUGAAGCCGGAUGGAACAGAUAUACUGUAUUGGGAAAAUGGUGAAAGAGAAAUCAGAACUUCCACUUAUAAAAAAAGAGAAUUUGCUGAUGGAUCAGUGAGAAUUUUGUAUAUUAAUGGCAGACGAGAAACGAGGUAUACCAAUGGAAGAAUAAGAGUUAAGGAUAAAGAUGGUAGAAUCUUAUUUGACACAAAGUAUUUUGCAAGGCAACAAGCAUGGUAAAAUCUCUAUUAGAUACCGUGAAAGAUUUUUUGGUCUGCCGAUUACUACAGCUUCCGACAGAAACAACUUAGAUAAAUUUUUCAAAAAUCAUAGAAUUUUGAUGACAUUACUGUAUGAGCUUAUUAGUUAUAACUCUGACUUGUAAAAAAGAACUCAUCUUGCUUUUAUUUUUGUACUUAUCGCAUUUAUCUUUCCACAUAAUUUGUUUUAAAGUUAAAUUAAGUAAUUGUAUAAAGUAUCAUGUGUUUUCGGGCUAUGAACUUUGAAAACAUCAUGUUUUACUGACCGAUUAUUGAUUGCAUUUUGACCGUCUAAAUUCUUUGGUACUAAAUUUACACUUAAAAGUAUUAAUAAAUGUGUUUGUAUGAUAUCUUACCUAAGUUUGACUGUUGUACCUAACUGAAAUAUUUUACAGGAUGUUGCUUAAUGACUUCAUAAUACAUAUUGGGAGUACAAAUUAGUUCGCUCUGUUUUUUUUGUGGUCAAAAAUGCAUUUAUUUCAGAACAAAAUGAAUGAACAGAUUAAUCAAAGUAUUGUCUAUCGCUGGCUGCUACUUUUCCCCACCUCUCAGGCAAUUUUCGAAUUCCAUCUCGAUAAAAUGUCUCAUCUUUUGAGGCGAUCCAAGUUAGGAGCCAAUUUUCGAUUUCUGCGAAAGAAGUGAACUGGUGACCUGCAAAAUCAUGCUGCAUCCGUCGGAACAACCAGUAAUCAGAAGGAGCAAUGUCCAGAGAAUACAGCGGGUGCGAUAAAAUAUCCCACUUGAGCGUUUCCAAAUAGUUUUUUACGACUUUUGAGACAUCAGGCUGACCGUUAUUAUGCAGAAGAAUAAGUCUUUGCUCGUAUUCCGCCCUUUUUUCUCGUAAUACAUGGCUCAAAUGAAUCAAUUGUAGCCUAUACCAAUCGCCCGUAAUGGAAUCACCAGUUUGUAGCAGCUCAUAUUAUACAAAACUCACCAUUUAUCAUUUACCAUUCUUUAUUAACCAUUCUUGAAACGUCGAAACCAUUCUCAAAACGAUAUAAACUGAAUAUUAUUGAGAGAUGUUUAACCUCUUUGAAACCAGCUGUCACUAUAUAACAUACAAAACAGCAGAGCCAUUUUUUAAAAACGAACCGAACUAAUUU